CCCUGUCCUUUCUCUCUCAGAACCUUCCUGCCGCCACAUUAGGAGCUCACUGUUCCAGCCUCCAGGACCCAUCCCAUCCUUCCAGCCUGCGAUCAGCAGCAGAGAAAAACUAAUUACAUACCAUUUUCUUGCCCCGUACACACUUUGAAGUGAGCAAAAAGAUUAUAGUAAAUUUUAACAGUGAGGGAAUUUGUGCACAUCCAGGCCAGUCAGUGUGGCAGUCAAAUCGGUGCCAAGUUCUGGAAGGUGAUUAGUGAUGAACAUGGCAUUGACCCCACCAGCACCUAUCAUGGGACUAGCAACCUGCAGCUGGACCGCAUCUCCGUGUACUACAGUGAAGCCACAGGUGGCAAAUUUGUUCCUCGUGCUAUCUUGGUGGAUCUAGAACCAGGGACCAUGGACUCUGUUCACUCAGGUCCUUUAGGUCAGAUCUUCAGACCAGACAACUUUGUUUUUAGUCAGUCGGAGGCAAGCAACAGCUGGGCCAAGGGCCACUAUACAGAGGGGGCCAAGCUGGCUGACUCGGUCCUGGAUGUGGUUCGGAAGGAGGCCGAGAGCUGUGACUGCCAGCAGGGCUUCCAACUGACCCACUCGCUGGGAGGGGGCAUGGGCUCUGGAAUGGGCACCUUGCUCAUCAGCAAGACCUGUAAAGAAUAUCCUGACCACAUCUUGAACACCGUCAGUGUGGUGCCCUCACCCAAAGUGUCCGGCCCUGUGGUUGAGCCCUACAACGCCAACACCCAUGAGCUGGUAGAGAACACUGAUGACACUUACUGCAUUGACAACAAGGCCCUUUACGACAUCUGUUUCUGCAACCUCAAGCUGACCAUGCCAACCUACAGGGACCUAAACCACCUCGUCUCAGCCACCAUGAGUGGUGUCACCACCUGCCUCUGCUUCCCUGGCCAGCCCAAUGCUGACCUCCACAAGCUAGCAGUCAACAUGGUGCCCUUCCCACGGCUCCACAUCUUCCUGCCUGGCUUUGCCCCUCUGACCAGCCAUGGAAGCCCGCAGUAUCGGGCCUUCCCUGUGCCCGAGCUCACCCAGCAGGUCUUAGAUGCCAAGAACAUGAUGGCUGCCUGUGACCCCCGCCAUGGCCCGUACCUCACCAUGGCUGCUGUCUUCCGUGGAUGGACGUCCAUGAAGGAGAUGCAUGAGCAGAUGCUCAACGUGCAGAACAAGAACAGCAGCUACUUCAUGGAAUGGAUCCCCAGCAACAUCAAGACGGCCGUCUGCGACAUCCCACCCCAUGGCCUCAUAAGGGCACUCACCUUCACUGGCCACAGCACGGCCAUCCAGGAGCUGUUUAAGUGCAUCUCAGAGGGGUUCACUGCCAUAUUCCUCCAGAAGGCUUUCCUCCACUGGUACACAGGUGAGGGCAUGGAUGAGAUGGAGUUCACCGAGGCUGAGAGCAACAUGAACGACCUUAUCUCCGAGUACCAGCAGUACCAGGAUGCCACUGCAGAAGAGGAGGAUUUCAGUGAGGAGGCUGAAGAGGAGGCCUAAGGCCGAGUCCCCACGACCGCAGGCUUCUCACUCCCCUCAGCCUUCCUCCUCAACGGCCCCUUUCUUCUCCCUCAGAAUUUGUGUUUUCUGCCUCUAUCUUGUUUUUUCUUUUUGGUGGGGGGGGUGGUUUCUAGAACACUGCCUGGUAUAUGAUAGGUGCUCAAUAAGUAUUUGUUGUUUGUUCAAUGUCUGCUCUCUCUUUCCACUCUGGGGCACCUAGAUUUCUGCCAUUCUGGGUAACCCUAUAUUUCCUUCUCGUGCCCACUCCUCCGACCUGUCCAGUUAACAUUUCCCUCUCUGUUUUUCAGAUAACUCUCCAAGAAGCCAAAAAUAAAUGGGAAUUGAAAACAAAAACAAACCA